AUGGAAAGUCUUCUUAGCGGAAUGCCACGAGAUCGUAACGAGAACGAAGAUGAGCUAACAGAAGAAGUUAUGGACAGCAGUAAGACGCUGUCUUACAGAAGUUCAAACGAAAACAAGGGAGCAAGAGUCGUGAUAAAUAUUUCUGGACAGCGUUACGAAACAUACGAGAAAACCCUGGAGACGUUUCCUAAUACACUUCUAGGAAGCAAGGAGAGAAGGCAAGACUUUUACGAUGCUGUAAACAAGGAGUUAUUCUUUGACCGGAAUCGGUUGUGUUUCGAGUCGAUCCUUGCGUACUAUCAGACAUCUGGGGUGCUCAUACGACCGCCUGGUAUACCCAGGAAAGUGUUUGUUAGCGAUAUUCGCUUCUUUGAUCUCGGAGAAGACGCUUUGAUUCAAGCUGGGGAAACCUUAGAACAACACGUCGAAAAAGAUAAACGGAUUCUUCCGAGAAACAAAAUACAGAGAUUGGUAUGGGAGCUGUUCGAGUAUCCCGAAACAUCGAAUUUCGCGCGAGCAAUAGCUAUUUGGUCUGUAGCUGUUAUAAUUCUAUCGAUAGUUCUUUUCUGCGUGGAAACUUUGCCACAGUUUCAAGAAGAGCCAGGCAGAUCUACGAAUGGAACUGCAGUGGCAGGAAAGACCGGAAAGAGAACUGAAGACCCCUUCUUCCUGAUAGAAACAUUCUGUAUAACCUGGUUUACCUUAGAGUACGUGAUUCGAUUCCUGUUUAGUCCCAAUAAAUGGAGGUUCUUCAUUUCGGCUCUAAACAUGAUCGACCUGAUAUCGAUCGUACCGUACUACAUAACUCUCCCGAUGGGAGAUUCUUCGAACGUUUCAUCGUUGGCUGUUCUUCGUUCUGUAAGGCUCGUGCGAGUGUUUCGGAUCUUUAAACUUUCGCGCUACUCGCGAGGACUGCAAAUUCUCGGGCACACGCUGAAAGCAAGUUUACGAGAGCUCGGUCUGUUGUUUUUCUUUUUAUGCAUGGGUGUUAUUUUGUUUUCCAGUGCUGUUUAUUACGCUGAGAUCAGUAAUGAGAAUGAUAAUAAAUUCUUAAGCAUUCCUCAUUCAUUCUGGUGGGCCAUUAUCACAAUGACGACUGUGGGAUAUGGAGACAUGACACCUGAAACUUUAGGUAUGUACAGAAUAUUCCAGUCUUGUUUACAAACCACUGCACAAAGGUGUACAGGAAACCCCCUAUCAUUAACUUGACUGAAGACUAUAUCUAUUGCAUUGGAAAGAACAAUACGGCAAGAUUAUAAAAGUAUUCCCAAAUAACUUUGAUUUCAAUGUUCACAGUGGAGUAGUGGAUCACAUACUGAGUUAAAGGUGGUGGGUUUUCUUGUUCAUUGUUUGUUUACAAUACUUUGUUUAACUUUCAAGACGCGGCGUACAGUGAGAAUUAUCAAUUAAGCUCUUUAUAUCCAUAAAUUAAUUAUUUUAACAAUAGCUGUCUUUCUGAGUAAAAUAACCUUCCGAAGUUCGCAUAAUCAUUAUCGACAUUAUCCUUCAACCGCGUUCAGCUCAAAACGUAUCUGUUUCGUGGAAGAGAUAACUAAGAAACAAAUUUUGUUAACCUACAAUAUAAAUCCUCAUACGAAUACGCGUCCAAAUUUGGUUUUAGCAGACCUUCAUAACUUAAAAAUUAAAAUGUACGUAAUGUUUCUUAAUUACAACAAAACAUGGAAAUUUUCGGACAGAGCGUUGCUUCAGUUGGGUCAGCGACUUGUGUAGUAUCCAAAGUUUAAAAUUCUUUACCAAGUUUUAAAAUGAAUAAAUUAACGGCCAAUCAUAACUAAAAUAUUUUCGUUUUUUCAACCCAAGUGGGUUGUCCUGUCGGCUUUAUUUACUACUUUACUUUAAAAAGGCGGUGAUAUUGAAAACAAAUAAAAACACCCAUUUCGCACUCGAACACUUUACUCAGUCCAAGUCGCUUUUAAUGUUAUGUUCUAGUCAAUAAAUACAAGAAUAUCAAAGUUAUCUCUAACAAUUUUCGAGGAGUUCGUCUAGUCUCAAAGAGAUCCUUUUUAUUGCAGUAAAUCGCGGCCAGUCUGAAAUCUCAAACUCUUAAGGAAAAGGUAUAUGUAAAUGAGUUUUCUUUUCGUCUAAAUUUGGCUGAUAUUUUCCUUUGUUUUGCCGUAUUUUCUAUUAACAUUUUAGAAUUCGGCUGACCGCAAAAGCCAAUAGAGUUAACCACAACACUAAACACCCGCAAUAGGAGAUUGAAUUAUUGAAUCGUGUCAUUCAUUCAUGAUGUCAUUUAGUGAUCCGUAUGAGAUUUAAACCGUUCAUACUGCUUUGUCAGCCUUUGUGCAUAGGGAAAGCACGGGGCACCCAAGCUUACAAGGUGAGGAAAUGGCCCACGUUCAAUAUAUUAAAAUUCUAACAUAAGUCCGAGGCUUUAGGGAGAAAAUUGUAAAUUUUCCACGACUCCACUGUCUCGCAAUUCUUAGAGGAGACUAGAGCAAACAAAAAAACCAAACCAAAUAUAGAAAUAUGACCAGAAAGCCUGAGGGUCAUGCCCGGGGGGGGGGGCACUUGGGUAUUUUUUGGGUGGGUAUGUGCCGCCCGGGACUCCAAAUUGGCACCCCGUUCUAGAAAAAAUUUCCCCUAAAAUUGAUACCCCGUUCUAGAAAUGGGCCAAUUUUUUAUACCCCGUUCUAGAAUUCGCCCUAAAACUAACACCCCGUUCUAGAAAUGGGCCAAUUUUUUACACUCCUUUCUAGGGUGCAACAAGAGUACAACGGUUUGCUUCUUAACGCACUGAACCGUAUUUUAAAAGCAAUCUGUCCUUGAAUGCUUUCAAAUGGCUACUUACAAAAGUGGAGAGCUUUCGUGCGUUCGAAAUAUUAUACCCCGUUCUAGAAACCGCGUCUGAAAUGGAUACCCCGUUCUAAACCAGGAGCUUCAAAAUCACGACCCCUUUGGGCGGCACAUACCCGUAUAGGUAAUGUAUGGGAGUACCCCCCCGGGGGGUCAUGUUAGAAUUUAAAUAGUGGGCUAUUGACUAAGCAUCAAAAUGAAUAAUGUGGGCGUAUUAAAAUCAAUGAAAUGGCGUUAAAACCCGCUGAAAGACAAAGAAGGGCUAUUGAAUGAAGCUGUGGAGGAGUUUCAGUCUUAUUUAGACAUAAAUGAUAGAUAUUUCUACAGUUUUCUUGCUAACCGAUCAAUAGCCAAGAAAAUAGGUCUAACCGAUUUGGCUGGAUCAAAGACCUCCCUGGUUACUCACUGUAAUGAUCUCUUUAUUUCGCAGGUGGCAAGCUUGUUGGAUGUUUCUGUGCCAUCACAGGGGUGUUGGCUAUCGCCCUUCCUGUACCUGUAAUCGUGUCGAACUUUGCUUACUAUUAUUCAAAAGAAAACGGAAGGCAAACAGGCUUGGAUGAUGACGAGGACGAACUCGAAGACGAAACUUUUCCGGUGAAAAAUGCUGAAAUAAAGAAGAACAAGAAGAAAAAAACGCUCGGUCUUAGUUGCAUUGGAAAAAAAUCCCAAAAGGGGGAACGGAAAGUAACACAACGCAAGAAGAAACGCAAAACUGGAAAUGGACAAUUUCCUGAUGCGAAGUACAAUGCAAUCGAUUCCAAUCCUGGCACUGUUCGUCCAAAUGGCCUGGCAAACGCCGUUAAUAACAAAAGACAGGAAAAGAAUGAAAAUAGCCGAAGUUCGUCUCUAGUGGAAACAAUUGUGUAAUUGCCAAUGAUAACUACCAGAGUCUAGAAGUGUAUUCUCGGGAUCCGGGAUUUGGCAAAAAUACAGCGCGGGAUUCGGGACAACGCAAAAUGUCUUGACGGGAGACGGGAUUUGACUGUUACUCGGGAGGCGAAAUUCACCGAAAUCUAGCUACAGAGCUACUUCCAUUUAGAGCUACCUUAGUAUGACGGGAAUUCUCCCAAGAUUUUGCUUUUAAUUACGCUUUAGAAUUAAAAGGUACGUGCACUAGCUAGUGCAGGAAAUCGCGCCUUUGAACAAGGUCAGCAUUCGAUUCCAUCCACCGAAACCACGUUUCCCUCUGACUUACGUUUCCAUGAGAUUCCUAAGGGGGAGGGGGGGGAAGUGUGGCUGACAACCUUACCCCUGUUAAAAAGUGCGUUGUCGUGGAAACAGCCGCAAGAAACUAAUGAAUUUAUCCUUUUUGCUGUUCUAUUCGCCUUUCGGUGCGGAAGACAAUAUUCAUGACUAUUAUUUCCUAUCCCUCC